AAACAAUCAAAACAUUUAACACAGAAGAUCUAAAUAUGGCGGUCGCAGUAGACAGCGUGCGUUUUCUGCUGCAUGAAGUCUCACGUUCGUUUCAGAUUUACAACGAAGUCUUGACCAUCGCAGGGGCGUAUUUUGUCCUGCAGAAGGCCUUGAAGACGUUGCUUCAAGUCGAAGAGGUCGUCAGGAUACAUUUCUGGCCGCGAUUGCCAGGCAGAAAUCGGGAUCUGGUCGGAGAAUUCGGGAAGUGGGCAGUUGUUACAGGGUCAACGGACGGCAUUGGCAAAGCCUACGCCCAGGCUCUAGCAAGCCAUGGAGUGAACAUUAUACUGAUCAGCCGCUCAGCGGACAAGCUUAAGAAGGUGGCCAAGGAUCUGGAAACAAACUUCAACAUAAAGACCAAAACGAUACAGGCGGACUUCAGUCAAGGAGGUGAAAUCUACGAUGAUAUCGAACGACAGAUGCAGGGUCUACAGAUAGGAAUUCUGGUGAACAAUGUUGGUGCCAUGGAUAUACCGCAGUACUUCCUCAACAUGAAAUCUGAAAGACUUUGGCAGCUGAUAAAUAUUAAUAUAGGAGCGGCUACUUUGAUGACUAAAAUCCUGAUGCCGCAGAUGGUGGAGAGAAAGCGAGGAGCUGUGGUCAAUAUAUCAGCAGCUGCAUCUAUCCACCCCAACCCACAGCUGGCUGUGUAUCAUGCAUGCAAGACUUACCUGGAUUAUUUCACCAGGGCCCUGCAAUAUGAAUACAAGACUAAGGGCAUCUUCAUACAGAGCCUGAUGCCUUCCUAUGUGGCAACAAAGAUGACAGAUUUUAAGGACGGUCCGCAUCAGUCCAGCCUAAUGAUUCCAUCGGCUUACCUGUACGCUAAGCACGCUGUGUCUACGCUGGGCCGAUCCACACAGACGACUGGCUACUGGCCUCACACGUUUCUGAUGUGGUUUUCUAGUCAACUACCAGAAAGUAUGUGGAUGUGGAGCGUUAGCAUCAUCAACAGCGCCCUCAGGAGACAAGCGAUGGCCAAGAGGCGUCGGCGCGCUUCAAAAGGACUCGCGCUUUCAUAGCGACAAUCCUACAGUUGUAUACCCAAGAAAAAAAUCAAAGUCGGUAAUAACGUAUUGAAAUCAAAUGUAUUUUUGUGUAUUUUUUAAAGUUUACAGGGCAGUUUAAUACAGCUUGAUUUUUUUUGUGGUAUUCUUUGAGUCACAUUAAAGGAACAAUUUUUAGGUGAAUAUUAAGUUUUAAAUGGGGCCAAACAUUAUUAGGCAUUCAAAUACAUGUACUAUCAAAUACUUACAAAAGAUUGAUUUUUGAGGCAGCUUUGUUUAUGCAAUCAUAGUGGUUUGGUUGCUUGUUUAUGUGUGCGACGUUUGCCCAGAAUUCUAGUGCAAUCUGUCCUGUUUUGUAGUCAAAUGGUCCGAUGAAUUUUAUGGAACACUUUGCAUUUCUUUGCUUUUUACUUUGCAGGUUUUAAAUUAAAUUUAAAGUGAGGCCACAUUUAAGAUUUGCAGUGAUUUGGACUACUUAGGGUUAGAGAAUGAAUUUUAAACAGGUUCAUAUUUUAGCAAUAAUGUAACUUGGAAAUUUUACGCAAAUCAUUGGAUGUGAAAAUAAUAACUUGUCAGGAUGGUCGUUAUUGUACAGAUAUAGAAUUUUACUUUUUUUGUACGGAUUCUACUUAUGUAACAAAUCCCCUUUGAGAAGGAUAUAGUUGAAUGUGAAAUAAAAAUACCAUGUAAGUGAAUAAAAAAUCGACAAUUUUUUCCUUGA